AUGUCCCAGAGACAAAAAAACAAAGUGGCAAAGGCUGAGCGGGCCUCCUUCUUCCUCGCCAGGACGACAACAUCCACACUGCCUGACGGCCACAGCCCGAUUAAAGAUGGCGGUGACCCACGCUUUGAAGCAGAGUCGGCUUCGUCUCCCAGCCCCUUAGAGUUAGGGCCAGACAAUGGCCCUCUUACCACAGCAAGCAUGAAAGGUAAAAUGGUGGAGUUCACAGAGAACAUCCAACAAACAAUGGCUGCCCAGAUCCACACUCUUACAGUGGGUAUCCAUAAGAUUCCAUAAGAUUCAGCUACUAGAGGUAGGCCAACGCACAGCUACUGUAGAGAAAAAGAUGGACGAAUUCGCAGAGGCACAUAAUAGCCUAGCGGAUAAGCUCCAGGAAAUAGAUACUAUCCUAUAUGACCAUGCCCUAAAAAUAGCUGACAUAGAAGACAGGGCGAGACAAAACAAUUUGAGGAUCCGAGGUAUCCCGGAAACAGUUCUGAAUCCAGCUCUCAAUGCUUACCUCCUCAACCCUUUUCAGGCUUUGACACCGGAGAUCCAUCCGGACCAGCUCCUUAUUGACCGGGCACAUAGGCUUCGAAGGCCAAAACAUAUACCCGACACUGCCGUCAGGGAUGUAAUAGUGCGGGUACAUUUCUUCCACGUGAAAAAGAAGUUGAUCAGAGCUUCCCGCUCACCCGGAUUACCAGAGCCUUACCAGGAUCUUAAAAUCUUUGCGGAUCUCUCUGCGGCAACUCUCCGGUUCCGAAAGAGCAUGACCCCCCUCACGUCUACACUCCAUACAAAAGGCAUCAUGUAUCAGUGGGGUUAUCCAGCAAAGCUUCUGAUACAUUACAGAGAUGCUCUGCAUGGUGUGAAUUCACUGGAAACUGGCAAAGUCAAGUUCCAAGCCUGGGGUCUCGCGAUAGCUGAUGCUGCUGAAGGAAACUCUGCAAAGAUCCCUAGGAUGGCCCCAGAGUGGACUCCUGCAUGA